ACGGCAGCAGAAAGAAGACAAGUAUUUAUUGAAGUAUUUACUGGAAAAUCAAGUUUAUUUUACUGUAUUUAGCCUACAUGACAUUGAUUUUAAUGAAUUAUCAAAAAUGAAUAAAAUGUUGAAAUGUGCAAUGAAAAAACAGUCGGUGAAUAAUGAGUGACCAGUAGAGGGCCCCAACGUGCCGUUGUUGGAGCUUCCAGUCACUUACUGUCAGAAGAAGACUGUUGUUUUGCUUAGCUCUGAGUGCAUCUACUGUAGUUUAGCAUACAUUUAGAAUAAUUUAUUUACUGGUUUGUUGGACCUACAGCCAGUUACACUGUGGGGUGUAUUUUUAACCAAAUGGCCUUCCCGGCGCCAGUGUGGCUCGCAGUCCAGGAAGAGCUGCUGGGAAGCGGCGAGCCAGAGGAGGACUUUGGCUGCCGGAGCUGUUUCGACAGCUACACCGAUGAGGCUUUGUUUGAGACCUUCCACCUCUCCAGACCCUGCAUCUCCUUCAUCACAGAGGCCGUCCGCAUGCGCGUCAAGUCGGCCGCCUUCAAGAAGACACAGCCGCCCGUGGACGUGAUGCUCAUGACUGCGCUGAACUACUACGCCCACGGCAUGUUCACCUCUUCUGUGCAGACGAAGGCUGGGAUCAGCCAGUCGGUCAGCCUCCCCGCCUUGGUCAGCACGGUCUCCGGCGUUAUUGCGGGAAUGUCCGAUGUUUUUAUCUCCUUCCCCCUCACAGCUGAAGCCAGAAUCAGAACCGCGUCCAAGACCGAGGAGCUCUGCGGGAUUCCCAGCGUCCUGGGAGUCCUGGCUCCGGCGCACUUCAAGAUCAGAGCCUCUCCCUACGACAAGAAAUCAUUCAAGUCCUUCAUUAACAGCCAGGGUUACACAUCGGUGGUGAGCCAGUUCAUAUGCGACUCUGAGGGCAACAUACUAAGCGUGGAAAAAUGCUGCGUGGGCAGCACCUUUGAGCAGGAGCUGUGGGACUCAUCGUUCAAAGGAAGGGAGGUGGAGGACGAUCUGCACGGGCCGUUUUGGUUUAUUGGUGGGAAAGGCUACCAGAUAAGCAAACACGUCUUGACUCCUGUGUCGGAGCCGGUGAACGACAGGGAGGUCCGCUUCAAUGAGGCCCAUGCAAAGAUCCACAAAGUCAUGCAGAGGAUGCUCUGCUCCAUGAAGAGGCGUUUCAGGUGUCUGCUGCAGCUCGGCUUUGUCGAAGAAACCUCUCUGAACAAAAAGUCCAACAUUAUCAAGGCCUGCAGUGUGCUGCACAACAUCGCCAAAAAGUUCUCCGUUCCUCUUCCUCCUGGCGCCGGGAGUGAUGAGCUUCCUUAUCCGGGCAAGUCGUAUUCAGCUCCAGUUGAGAUCAACGCAGAGGCACUAAAAGCCAGACAGGAACUUAUUGACAGGAACUUCUCUGUCCUACCAAACAGUCGGAACUCAUCUGGAAGCAAUAUUUAAAGGAGGAUGUGUAAAAUAUGUUCUGUUAUCUACUGUGAAAUUAAAGAGAACAUUUGUUUUUCUUCA